AUGUCCUUCCCCUACCAGCACUUCCUCCUCAUCGGCGCCACCUCCGGCAUUGGCGCCGCAAUGGCCGACCGACUGAUCGCGCACGGCGCCGAAGUCACAGCCGUCGGACGCCGCCAGGACCGUCUAGACGCCUUUGUGCAGAAGCACGGCCCGGAGAAGGCCAGCGCCGUAGCCUUCGACGUUAGCCAGACGGAGCAGAUCCCCAGGUUCGUCGCGGACGUGACGACGCGGUUCCCAAACAUCGACUGCGUAUUCCUGAACGCGGGUCGCCAGCGACAGUACGAUCUGUCGACACCUGAGGGGUUCGAUCUCGAGGACUUUCAGUAUGAGGUGCAGGUGAACUUUACGAAUGUGGUGGCCUUGACGCAGGCGUUUUUGCCGUUUUUGAAGAGGAAGGCGGAGAAGGGGAAUGGGGGAUUUAUAUUUACUGGCACGAACCUGGCCGUCAUUCCUGCUGCUCCUAUGCCGGCCUACUCUGCCUCGAAAGCCGCGUUGAGUGCAUUCGUGCUGUCUUUGCGCCACCAGCUGAAGAAGACGAAUGUAAAGGUGAUUGAACUGUCGCCGCCUGCUGUUCAGACCGAAUUGCACGAUUACAUGACUCCUGAGGUUGGACGCAAUGUGGGCAUGCCGUUGGACCAGUUCAUCAACGAGGCCUUUGCCGGUCUGCUGGAUGGCAAGGACCAGGUGGUUGUGGGCAGCAUUGGGAACGCCGAGAGAUUCCAUGAGAUUGUUGCCAAGCGACGGGAGGCGUUUGAGGAGCUGGCGGCGAUUUUUGAUAGUCAUCAUUAG